AUGUCCGAGGACACGCUGGAGAGGUUUGAGCUGCAGGGGUUUCCACUUGAGGGCCUCCAGCCUGGGGAGGAGACAAGCCCAUGGACUGCAGGCUUAGAGCAACGAGGUCCAUUCCCUGCUGAGAGACUGCCCACAGUGGUCCAUAUAAACAUGGAGAUUGCAAGUCCCAGCGUGGAGGUUGAGGAGAAUCACGAGGAGGAAGACCUCAAGGAGAAGGUUUCUCAGGAAGCGUCUCAGGAGUGCAAGCCUGUCGGAUCCAGUCUCGCUUUGGUUGGUCACCAGAUGAGUACAAAGGACGUCGAGCAGCAAUUUGUUGAGGAACAGUCGCACGAGGAGAUGACGGACAAUUUGUACAUUGAAAAUGUUGAAGAGAAUGUUCAGCACGUUUCCUGUACCGGAGAAGAGGAGAUGCCUGAAGUUUCACAUAUCGAGAGCGUCGAGGGGAGUGUUCAGCAUGAUGGAGACGAUGAACUAUCAGAGCUGCGAGACCUCGGCGCCGUGCUGAUCGACCAUCCGAUCGCGACUGAAUAUCGCGCCAGAAACACAAGUCAGGGGCAGCAGACGCCGUCUGAGCAUUUGCCAACGUCCAGGUUCCCCUCCAGCUUUGCAGGCCGCGAACCAUGGACACACAGCAGCCAUGGCUCAAUUACCCUGUCAGUUACGCGGCGCGAGGACAGACAGGGCCAACUUCUAAGGGAUUUGGGAUAUCCAGCGCGAGCAACGCCACCGAGAAGAUGCACCGACACUAUCGUGCAGCACAUUGUCCCGAACCGCCCUCUUCCAGGCGCGACGACUCGGCAGUGCCAGGACAAAGUGAGGUCCAUCCCAGACCCAGGACCAUCUCCUUACCCGGACGCUAUCUCGACACGGCACCUUCCCCGACAACGGCCGCUUCCACAAAACGUGCCACCUCAGCGCGGAAUCCCAGUCCAUCCUGAUACUGCUCGUCGUCCUGCACCGGUCGCUCCAGGACACUCUCGAGAACGCAAUAGGUUUAGGCCUUUUCCACCGCGAAGACUUAUUUUGAUUCCAGAGCAAGGACUAGGUCGUCGCCCUGAACCCAUGCCAAUGCAGCAGCAGCAGCGAAGACCCUCCACACUUACUGCACAGCAACAGAGGGAGUUGCGCGAAGGUAUUGCGGCGCAGCGCGCUGCCGCCGCCAUUGCCCGCUCUGAACCCGUCUCAGUGCCUAGAGUUGCUGUCACCCCUGUCCCACCGCGGCAGGGACCGAAACGGGUCACCUUCGGACCAGAGGUGACAGAUCGAGACUGCCAAAUUUUCGGUCCAGCUCCGUGGGCAGAACCACUGCAAGACGGCUUCUCCGAACAAGAACUGGGCGCGGCGAGCAAUUACAAACGCGCUUCAUGCGAGCUUGGAAGCGAUGCCGGUCCUGCUGCACAGAAUAAGCCGCUGAAAGGCAUACUCAAGCUACCGUCGGGUAAAGUGAAUAUUUCCUCAACUGCACCAACCCCAACCCUGUCGGGAGACAUCACGAGUCCUAAUCCGCAGAUAGAGUCGCCGAGACGCGGCAUCUUUGAGCCGCAGCCAGUGCUCCAUCCUCUGAUUGCUUCGAGGGACCCCAGGGGAAAUGUGAGCGCGAUUCCUCCGCGCGACCGCAUCUUCAAGCCGGAGCCCAGACCUGUCGCUCGCCCGCUGACUCUCUGGAGCAAUGCCGUUGUUCUUGCGGACUGGGCACCACGGCGCCACCUGCCUCGACACAAUGUCUUCACAGUAAAGCCGGAGCCAGUGGCGCGUCCCCGGAUUGUCGUCAAUCAGCCCAGGAAGAUUGCCCGUCCUACACCGACGCCAGGGGUCUCCCAAGACAGCAGAGCAACAUCACUUCCCACUAUUCGUCCUCAUGGAGAGACGAUCACAAUCGCGGCCACCGUCGAGGCAUCGUUUCCAGGCCAUGAUGAACUGGAAAAUCUAGCGCCAGACCCGGAUGAUGUCAACAGCGGAGAGAUCAUCACGCUGAGCUUCAGAGACACUGAGCCACCUGUUCCAGAAGAGCCGUCGCGCAGCAGAACGUCAUGUCCUGAAGAAUUUGCUUGUGUAAAGAGUGUGUCGACUCCGCCGAGGCUCAUUAGUACCCCUUCUCCUCCGGAUUCUGGUUCAUCAGGGAGCACGACGCCACGGCAAAGUGAUUACAGACGUAGAGAUGCGGCUUCGAUUACAUCGCGAACCAUUGAUCUGCCCAUCCAACAGCCAACGCCAGCAUUCGCGGGUGCUCCCUCUGAAAGUGCGCCGAUUGUCUCGCAAUCCUCCACGAUCAUUGACCUUCCUCUUUCGGCACAGGGUGCGAGGAGAGACCAACCAACAUCCCGCCCGAGCGCAGUGACCGUUCCGCUGUUCUUGGUCAACCCGCCUACACCCAUCGCGGGCCAAGAAGGCCCGCGAUGCAGCAAUAAGGAACAUAUUUCCCUUACUUUCUUUCGGCCGGUGAUUCAUCCAAUCCGACUUAGUGACGCAGGGAACGCUCCAGCUACUCCUCCGCGGAACCGACCGAAGCUGACACUGAAGACCACCAACCUGGACGACACCGAGGAAGAUGACGAUGAGGAUUCAGAGGGCUCCGAAUUCAGCAGAAGCUCUGAGGGAGACAAGGACGAAGAUGACGGAAACCCUGUCGGUGAGCCCGGAGACGAUCAUGGCUCUGAUGCCGGGUAUUUCGAAAAAGCCAAAGAUCUUGGCAUAAAGCUCCGCGAGGGUCUCAAUGACUCGCCCGUGAAUGAAGCCGAGCGGCGCUUGAAGAAACGUCGUCCCUUCAACGGAAGACUGACCUCCAUCAUCACUGGAAAAAAGCCUCAGAGCGAUUGGGUGCCCCCGUUUCCUCUCUGCUACAAGCCUCGCACGCCUCCCCCGAGAGAGGACGAAGAAGAAGCUGCACCUCUGCCACCAGCGGUGCUGAGAGAUCUGCGAUACCGAUAUCGCGCAGGGGUUAUGUGCCAGCACGAGACCGUUCUGCGAUUCUGGCCUACAUCUCUGAGGCAAGUCUGCGAUGAGUGCUCAGAGCAGACACGACACAUGUGGGUGUGCACAGCCGAUACUGAAGACUGGUCUGCGUAUGAUCGGACCGCGCGCCCGGAACGGAGCAUCAAGCAGCUCGCUCCUUGGCUGAUCAAGGCCAUUGAGGAAGGCCAUUACACGGAGGAGCAAGUCGAUAGGUUUAUCGAGGAGCGGUACAAAGUCCAACUGGCUGCGCUGCGUGAUCGAAACCGGGAGCAUACUCCGCCAGACAUGAGGUCGUCAGACGAGUCCGGAGAUGACAGUGACGAUCCCACGGAGUGGUGGGUAGAAACAAUGACUAUCGCAGAGAUGGUAGAGAUCAGGAACAAGCGACGUUUUCAGCGACUCGCCCAGCGACGUGCGGAUAUCGAAGCAGAUGUCCAGAGAACGCUGCCUUGCAUGGAGAUGUGGUGUCAAAAUUGCCAUCCCGGCGUCGAGGAGCGCGCGCUUGGGCACAUCGAUGAAAUCGUCAUGCAGCCGUACAAGCCUCCUCCCGGCAUCCCGGAGUACCUGAACCGACCCAUCAGCACGGUGCGCGCGAUCCUAGGCUCGCAAUGGAGGGAGGCCGGUGUGCUGAAUCGGUGGUGGCAGGACCUUGUGGCCUCGAGCCCGGUCGACCUCGAGCCGGUGCUGAACUUGGCUCAUCUUCGCAAUCUCAACAUGGCUCAGUUCGCAAAGAUGGCCCGGUGGAUUCGCAACGGGAUGCCGACGGAAGACCGGCUCCAGCGGGUCAUCUGGUGGUUAUGGGACGCUGACUGCGCGGACGAAUAUUUCUUCCAAAGCCUCGCCAACACGCGCCUCAUUCUGCCGCGCACUCUGGAGCUGGACGACUGGGACACAGGGGACCGGCAGCAGCAGCGGGUCCUGUUCACGAUUUAUGAGGAGAUGGAGGAUGACGCGGGCCAGCUGAUUGAGCGGCCGAAAUCUGAGUUCUGGAUCGAAGAUGACGAGGAGUCCUUGCUGUCUGGCUUCCACGAGUACAUAGGGAAGCAGGUGGUCCAAAUGCGGGCCCACCGCAGCGGCCAGCACUAUCGGCCCAGCAUCACGGGUUGCGCUAGCACACGCUCACCGUCGCCCGCCCGGUCUCGCGUCGACUCGCCUGCCCGGCCUGGCGUGGAGGACAUCGAAGGCCAAGUCCUCCGACAUGGCACUGAUCAGUAA